AUCUCGAGAUAUCUUGCUGCUAACCAAACGACCCCUAAAGAUUGCAAAAAGGCCGUGGGCAUAUUUUCUCCAAAAUAAAAAUUCUUUAAUUAGUUCCAUCAUUUAAGCACCAUAGAAGCAAAUGGUGCGGGCAUCCUGUAAACUUGUUCAUGCUCUACCAAAACCCAACUCCAAUAACUCCUACCACAAAUCCGGUGUUCAUCUACAAGACACAUUUUUAGGGUUGCUUAAAAGUUGUUCCAACGAAAAUCACAUUUAUCAAACUCAUGGCUUCAUGAUACACCAUGGUUUAGAUCAAGACAACUUCAUUUUAAGCCAAUUCUUCCAUACAUGUUCCGCCCUUGGCUUUGUCAAUUAUGCCUAUUCAAUUUUGACUUCCAACCCCAAUCCAAACAUAGAUCUUCACAAUACUUUGAUCAGUAUUUUCUCUCGACAACAACAUUUAUCUAACGAUGCGAUUUGCCUUUAUAAACAAGCUCGAGCCAUUGGAUUAUAUCCUGAUACUUACUCUAUCCCUUUUGUGUUGAAUGCUGCUGUAACUUGUCUGAUCACCUCUAGGCAAAUUCACUGUCAAGCUAUAUUAACUGGAUUGAGCAAUGAUGUACACGUAGCAACGUCGGUUGUACGAAUGUAUUCUUCUUUUGGGUGCAUUUCUGAUGCGCGUAAGGUGUUUGAUGAAAUGCGCAACAAGGAUGUGGGCUUGUGGAAUGCCAUGAUAGUGGGCUAUGUUAAAGCUCAUGACAUGGAUACUGCCAAGUACCUGUUUGAUAAUAUGCCUGAGAAGAAUGUGGUUUCUUGGACUACCGUAAUUGCGGGGUACGCUCAAGGGAAUCAGUUUUCUCAGGCUAUAGGUGUGUUUCGGAAAAUGAUGAGUGUUGAAGGUGGCGCCAAGCCUGAUGAAGUAACAAUGUUAGCUGCACUUUCAGCUUGUGCCCACUUGGGCGAGCAUGAGUUGGGUGAAUGGAUCCAUAGUUAUAUUAUAAAACACAGGUUACGCAGAACGGUGUCUCUUAACAAUACACUUAUUGAUAUGUAUGCAAAAUCUGGCAAUGUAAAGAAGGCGGUAGAAUUGUUCGAGAGCAUGGAAACUAGGAGUCUUGUUACUUGGUCAACAGUGAUUUCUGCAUUGGCUGUCAACGGGUAUGGAAGAGAAGCGCUUAACAUGUUUUCUCGUAUGGAAAUGGUUGGAAUUAGGCCAAACGCUGUCACCUUAAUAGCAGUAUUAUCAGCAUGUAGCCAUGCGGGACUCGUGGAGGAGGGCAGAUUGUAUUUCAAGACAAUGGAAGAAAAACAUGGUAUUAGUCCUGACAUCAGACACUAUGGUUGCAUGGUUGAUCUUUUAGGGCGCGCUGGCUACCUUGAUGAGGCUGCAAAUAUGGUUAAAAUGAUGCCGUUUGAAGCUAAUGCAGCGAUUUGGGGAUCACUUCUUGCCGCAGCGAGGAACCAAGGACAUGUUGAACUUGGGGAGCAAGCUCUGCAGCAUCUCACUGAAGUUGAACCGCAUAAUAGUGGGAAUUAUUCCCUUGUGUCAAAUACAUAUGCUGCUCUUGGCAGGUGGAGUGAAGCGAGGAUAGCAAGAAAGAUCAUGAGAGACACACGAAUCAAAAAGUUGCCAGGUGGUAGCUUUAUCAAGGUGAAAGACACGGUUAAUUAUUUCUAUUCAGGAGACAGAUCACAUUCUCAGUGUGAGAGGAUGUACAGAGUUCUAUCACUGUUAAACAGGGAGUCAAAGACGGUACUGCAUGAAGAUUAUUGGGGAUAUGAAGAGCUGCUUGAUGUUGAUAACCCUCAAGAGGGCCACUUAUAAGACUAGGGGUAGAAUUUUGUAUAACUUGACUGAUUGUUUCAAGGACCAUUAGCUUCAGAAAAUAACUCAACUAAUGUUUAACAGCUUUAAUUCACGUAAAAAAAAUACACAGAGUAUAUAGGAAAUUAAACAGAACAUAAUCAUAUGCGUACAUGCCUAAUAUAAUGGGCGUUUAUUUGUUCACACACAUUAUUAUGUUGUACUUCUCUAAACACAAUAUAUAAAACUAAAGUUUUAUGCUUUCA